CUUCAUUCUUUCAUAUUAUUAUUUUCUUCGUCCUUUUAUUUUUGAUUGAAUUAUUAUUAUUAUUAUUAUUAAUAUUAAUAAUAAUAUUGUCGUUGGUUGAUCAAAAGGGAAAGCUAAGCGCUCAACGGACGAAGAGGGGAUGGCAACAGGGGAACAUGUUGAAUCAUCAACUUUAAAGGCUCAGCUAUGCCAAACACCUGAAUUGUGGAAGCAGGAAAUGGAAGAACAGGAAUCCCAAGUGGAUUUGUUGCAAGCAAAAUUUAUGGAGGUGAAGGCAUACGUGAAGGAGUCUGAAGAAGAGUCAAAAAAAGAGUUUGAUGUUCUUUGGCAUAGAGUUAAAACAACUACAACAUUGUUAACGUACUUGAAAUAUAAAGCAAGAAUUAUGGCUGUUCCCCAUUUAGCCCAAUCGUAUUGUGGUAUCGAACAAUUAGAAGGGGUAGGGCUAGUUGACAAAAAUGGUACACCCUUGUCUGAUUGGUCUAAAAAUGUUGACGUUUCUUCCUUUGAUUGUCUAGAUGACGAAACUUGCACUGAAAUAGGCAAGCUUCAUGGUUCUCUGGAUGUCCAAGAUGAAGCUUAUAUUAGUGAUAUGCUUAAAUCAGUGAAGAUGGUCGCUAAGGUGAUGGAACACCUUGUUGAAAGAGUGCUAUUGGCAGAAUCUGAAACUGCAAUUGAGAAGGAAAAGGUAACCUCAGGUCAGGAAGAAAUCAAGAGAAAAUCAGUUCAAAUUGAGAAAAUGUCUUUGAAGUUAGAGGAGAUGGAAAUGUUUGCUCUUGGUACAAAUAGUAUUCUAAAUGAAAUGAGGCAGAGUAUAGAUGAUUUGGUUGAGGAAACUUCUAGACAGAGGCAACGAGCUGCAGAAAACGAACAGGAACUUUGUCGUGUGAAGCGAGAAUUUGAAUCUCUAAAAUCAUAUGUUAGCACUCUCAUUACUGUACGAGAAACACUCCUUUCAUCAGAGAAGCAAUUUCAAACAAUUGAGAAGCUAUUUGAACGAUUAGUUGUGAAAACAACACAGUUAGAGGGUGAGAAAAUGCAGAAAGAGGUAGAAGUUCAGAAGCUUAUGGAAGAGAAUGACAGAUUGACAGCUCUUCUUGACAAGAAAGAGGCCCAACUUCUGGCAAUGAAUGAACAGUGUAAGGUGAUGGCCUUGAGUGCUUCGAACAUCUAAUGUGGAUGGCCUCUGUUACGACCUGGUGAUUCUCUUUUACAAGAUCAUUUGAUACAAGUCAAACAAGUCUAUGUUCAAGAUGGUCUACUCUGGACCGAGCUUUAUUUUCAUUCCUCCUUUCUUUUUUUCUUUUUAAUUAACAUUGUGAAUAUGAUCAUGUAUUGAUUAUCUAGUGCUACAUUAUGCUGCUGCUGCUGCUAAAUCAAUUCGGAAAGGAAUAUAUUUGUUGGGACAAAUGAAGCAUUUUGUGUGUUAACGAGUGUUUUAAAUUUUUUA